GAAGGGGGUGGGGAAGAGGCCAUGAUGCGUCCUCAGCCCCUCGGACAACUCCUGCGCUGGGCUUUGGGUCACCGCAGCGACGAGCUACAAACCGCUCAGAAACGGGUGAUGGUGGCCGGUCUGGGCAACCACACCUUCCCUGGUACCCGGCACAGCGUGGGUAUGGCGGUGCUGAACCACCUGGCCUCCAAGCUGGACGUGGCUGACCAGUGGAAGAGAGACAAGCAAUGCUGCGCGGAUGUGGCGAUGGCCCGCUUAGGAGAGGCUGAGCUUUUGCUGAUGAAACCCCGCAAGUUCAUGAACCUCAAUGGGAUCUCGGUGGUCACGGCGGCGGAAAGAUACAACCUGGACAUCGAAGAGAUCUACCUGGUCCACGAUGAUCUGGAUCGGCCUCUGGGGAAGCUCUCCCUAAAACUCGGUGGCAGUGCAAGGGGCCACAACGGAGUCCGUUCCUGCAUCAGCUCCCUGCGCUCCGACCGCAUGGUCCGGCUGAGGGUCGGCAUCGGCCGCCCGACAGAAAAGGCGUCCGUAGAGGACUACGUCCUAAGCCGGUUCACUGACGCGGAGCAAGAGGUGUUGCCGCCCGUUUUGGAGAGGGCAGCCACUGUGCUGCUGCAGCAUAUCCAACAGAACUGCGGCGAACGGGAACUCCCGGGUUCCUGCGAUGGCCACGUGAGCCCCCCUCCCAAGACAGAAGGCCGGGGGCCCUCUUGAACCCCACCCUAUAAGACUGGCCAAGUGUAAAGCAGCCGAGUGACUUGUGUGUGUGUCUUUUGAUGGAGCAGAGUUGUGUGAACUGAGGCUGUCUCCCGGUGGCGGCUUCACACAAUGGACAAAACUUUACGGCAAGCAAUGAGGGUGAGGGUCUUUUAAGGGCUGGGAUCGAGGAUUAAAUAACAGACAGACACAGACACACACACACACACACACACACACACAGUGAUCCUUCGUUCUUUGGUGCCCUCAAAAUUACAG